AUGUCUUUCACUCCAGAAGAACUCGAAAUCAACGAAAGUGACGAUGAACAAUAUUAUGAAGACGUGUACUUCGAUUCAGAUCUUGAUAAUGAAACCAGUGAAGUUGAUAACGAACAAAACAAUCCGACAGAAAUAUAUUCAAUAAAAAAGUCACGAAAAAAAUUAACAAAAGAUGAAUUAUUUUAUGAUCCUGAAAUCGAUAAUGAUGAUGAAAUUUGGAUGAAAAAAAAAUUGGCUCAGUAUAAUACCGAGACGACAAACCAAACGACAACAAAUCAAACAACAAAAGAAAUAACAAAUCAAACAGCAAACCAAACAAGUCAAACAGAUGCGAUAUUAUCAUGUCCCAUGUGUUUUACUGUUUUAAGUUAUCAUACCCAAAGACCUGCUAAUUCAGAUAUUGAACUAGAUGUCAAAAGCGAUGAUACGAUAAAAGAGGAAAUUUAUUAUCCCGUAGAAUGUGAAAUUUGUAGAACUAAAGUUGCAGUAGUGGAUGAAGAGGAAGUAUUUCACUUUUUUAAUGUUAUUCCAUCAUGA